AUGGCCAUAGGGAUGGUACUGUCUGUUGUGCAGGAGAGCGUUGUCCAGUCACCCCUGCGGGCGUUGGCCGCUAUCUUCUUCACUGUCUCUUUGCUUUACACUAUCGCCAAUGAAUUCAUUCGCUCCUCUGCUAGGGUCCCGGGGAUUGGAGGGCCUCGUGGGGUACCGUUGAUUGGCAAUUUGAUUCAGAUCCGGCAGAAUGCAGCAGAACAAUACCGCAUAUGGUCGAAAGCGUAUGGUGCGGUCUAUCAAAUCCAACUUGGCAACAUUCCCGUCAUCGUUGUGAACUCGGCGGCGGCUGCGAAAGCUCUAUUUGGGCAGAAUGCCCAGGCGCUCAGCUCGAGGCCAGAGUUCUACACUUUCCACAAAAUUGUUUCUAACACGGCUGGUACUACCAUUGGCACUUCCCCAUACAGCGAGUCGUUAAAGCGACGCAGAAAAGGUGCUGCGUCGGCCCUGAAUCGACCUUCGGUCGAAUCUUAUGUCUCGCACUUAGACCUGGAGUCUAAAGCAUUCGUGGCGGAGCUUUCCAAGUAUGGGCACUCUGGAAAGAACCCGGUGGAUCCAAUGGCAAUGAUACAACGGCUCAGCCUAAGUCUAGCUCUGACCUUGAACUGGGGGACACGUGUGGCAUCCCGAGAAGAGAACCUUUUUGACGAGAUCACCCAUGUCGAAGAAGAAAUCAGCAAGUUCCGAAGUACCACAGGCAAUCUGCAAGACUAUAUCCCGCUUUUGCGUUUGAACCCAUUCAGCACCAAUUCACACAAGGCCAAGGAGAUGAGAGAUCGUCGUGACCGCUACCUCCACGGACUCAACCGUGACUUAGACGCCCGAAUCGAGAAAGGGGUCCAUAAGCCUUGCAUCCAAGCCAAUGUUAUCCUUGACAAAGAAGCCAAAUUGAGUCCAGACGAGCUCACCUCCAUCAGCUUAACCAUGCUUUCGGGGGGGCUUGACACUGUUACCACGCUCGUAGCCUGGAGUAUCGCUCUCCUCGCGAAACGACCAGACAUCCAAGAGAAGGCUACAGCGGCGAUUCAGGAGAUGUACGGACAGAAUCAACCAAUGUGCGACGCGGCGGACGACCAGAAAUGCGUCUUUGUUGCGGCCUUGGUGAAAGAAUGCCUCAGGUGA